GUAUCAGUAAAAUAAUCGAAGGCGACAUCAGUCUUCUCGGCCACCAAUCAUUGUUCAGAAGAGGAGGGACUUUUCUAUGCAAGACCAAUGAGAGGGUGGUGUGGGCGGAGCACGGUUCCGCUAUCACGUUGAGGUCUGUGUGAAGUAGAGAGUUAGCGCUGUGAGGGGACAAGUGGGCAGUGAGGGGUAUGCGGGGGUCACUGAGCGGAAGGACCGAGGACCGGGGCGGAUGUACCGGAGGUGCGCAACUGUUGCUUCAUUGGGCAGUGAAUGAGAAAGACGCUGCGUGUUAAGCGGUGUUUUUGUUGUCUGAGCCUUAUGAAGCCUUUAUUUUGAAAUGCCUAUCUAGAGCAAAAACUCCCAUUACAAAGUGAACAUGACCCACUUGGUCUAUUGACAUGUUUCCCAGAAGGCAUACACAGAACUAUACGAACUAUACACAGGGAGACCUCUCUUCACAGGAUUACAAGAACAGUCAUGGGCCACUUUCACAAAAUGUAAUGUCUAGCAUGCAAGGGUCCAAUGACUCUGUAAGCCCACCUUUAUCGCAUUCUGUAAACGUAUUAGCAUGUGAAGAUGAAGAAUGCCUUAACGUUCAAGUGAAGAAGUUGUAUCUCAUUUCACAUUGUAGACCCAAUAAUACAGGAACACUAUAGCCCAAUUGAGUCAAUUCUACCAGUUGGUACCUUAAUCCCACUAGACUGAAGACUUGCAGGUGCAGAAUUCCAUAGAAGAUUUUGCAGAUCCUGCUGUAACACAAGAGGACAUGGAGACAUGCAAUGACUCCAGCAGUAAUGAACUUCGAGUUGAAGCUAUGGAUUCUAAUGAAAAUGGAAAAGAACAUAGACCAAAAAGCUUUUCUGGUUUCCAGCCCCUUGCUUGUAGCUCCAGUGCCUUUUCUUUGAUGAUGGCAGACUCUGAGCACAAUCCCUCCACUAGCGGGUAUAGCAGCGAACAACCGGCAAAAGCCAAAACACAGAAGGAACUAAUAAAGAUACUCAAAGAAUUACGCUCUUAUCUCCCACCUGAAAAGCAAUUGAAGGGCAAGUCAAGCACAAUGGCUUCAUUACGCUAUGCACUGCACUGCAUGCAACAAGUGAAAGCAAAUGAAGAAUACUAUCAGCUGCUAAUGGUCAAUGAUGAGCACCCGUACGGCCACGAUCUGUCAUGCUACACAAUGGACGAGAUCGCUAACAUCACCUCUGAGUUCACAAAGAAUAACUUGGAUGUAUUUGCUGUGGCUGUUUCCUUAGAAAGUGGUCGGAUACUUUACAUCUCGGAGCAAGCCUCAACCGUGCUUCACUGCAAUGCAGACCUGUUCUCACAGGUUCGCUUUGUGGAGCUGCUUGCACCACAGGAUGUUAGUGUAUUUUACAGCUCAACUACUCCCUACAGACUGCCAUCAUGGAGCAUGUGCAAUGGAAGUGAUUCAGGACAACUAGAUGGUUUGGAAGAAAAGUCAUUUUACUGCCGUAUCAGCUGCAGACGGGAGUCUCGAAAGGAAUUAUCCUACCCUCCAUUCCGCUUGACGCCAUAUCUUAUCCGUGUCCAGGCUGAGAGCAUUGCAGAGCAAUUGUGCUGUGUUCUGUUUGCAGAGAGGGUCCACUCUGGGUAUGAAGCUCCUCGGAUCCCUGCAGAUAAACGUAUCUUCACUACCACCCAUACCCCUAACUGUUUGUUCCAGAAUGUGGAUGAAAGAGCCGUGCCCCUGUUGGGCUACCUUCCUCAGGAUCUCAUUGGCACUCCCAUCAUUAUGCAUUUGCAUCCGAGUGAUCGGCCUCUCAUGCUAGCUGUGCACAAGAAGAUUCUUCAGUAUGGAGGACAGCCCUUUGACUUCUCUCCAAUACGGUUUUGUGCACGAAAUGGAGAGUACAUCACCAUAGACAGCAGCUGGUCCAGCUUCAUCAACCCCUGGAGUCGGAAAGUGUCUUUCAUCAUUGGCAGACACAAAGUCAGGAUGGGUCCGGGUAAUGAAGAUGUUUUCACUGCACCUAUGUUCUCAGGAGAUCGGUCACUUCAACCAGAUAUACUGGAACUCACAGAACAAAUACAUCAACUUCUUAUGCAGCCUGUCCAUAACAGUGGCUCUAGUGGAUAUGGGAGUUUGGGCAGCAAUGGAUCCCAUGAAAACCCAAUGAGUGGAGCCUCAUCUAGUGACAGCAAUGGGAAUCUCAAUGAGGACAUAAAAGAGAAACGUGGAACACAUCAAAGUCGUAGAUCAAAAGACCUGAACUCUAGCAGUCUGGAAAUGAAAGGUCACCAGAGCAGUGAGGGCAGCCCGGAAGCAGGUGCCAGCCAUAGUGGGAAUGGUUGCAGUAAAGACAUCAAUAGUGAAGUUUCAGGAAUUGCUGCCUGCCCCCCUCAGAAUGAACAACUACCAGCAAAGCAGCCCCCCUACUCCUACCAACAAAUAAAUUGCCUGGACAGUGUUAUCAGAUACCUGGAGAGCUGUAGUGUUUUGGUGUCUGAUAAACGCGGGCUUAUGUCAUCUGGGAACACAACAUCUUCUGCGUCUGAUGACCACAUCCGAAUGCAAGAAGAUGACCGACAUCUAUCAGGGUUGACGCACAAACGGCCUUCACUUCCCCAGAACCGCUUUCAGAGCCCUCAGACUGUACCUGGUCAUGGUCAAAGUUCUACAAUCAAUCCUAUAUCUGCCGUGCCAAGCACUUCUCAUCGCCAUCAGCCAGUAGCACUCUCUGCUGCCAUUCCAGGAACAUCCCAGUCUGUGCCAGGUUCUCUACCGCAUCCAUCCCUUGCAUCUUUACCUGUUUCUAGUGCUGCAAUUACACAGCUUUCUAUAGCCAAGGCUGAGAGUGUGGUAUCCCUUACCAGCCACUGCAGCUACAGCAGCACAAUUGUACACGUGGGAGACAAAAAACUGCAACCCGAAGCAGAAUUGGAGGAUGGGCAGUCCCAUUCAGAAAUUCCACCGAUUCCACCAGGAAACACUGAAAAGGAGCCUUAUAAACAUCUUGGGCUUACCAAAGAAGUACUUGAAGCUCACACCCAGAAGGAGGAGAAUAAUUUUCUCAGUGGUUUCAUGGAUGUGAAGAAGCUAAGUGCCUUCCAGACUCGGUGCAACACCUACAUGCAUGAGAAGCCAGUAGCUCUGCGGUCUCAUGCUCCACAAGGUGCUGAUCCUGCUGGAAGGAAAAGUGGAAAGACACGAAAGUCUAAAGUGAAACGUUUGCGUCCAGAAUCAUGGGAUAGCAGCAGUUCUGGUGUACCCCAGGCCCAUCGCUGCCCUCUUCAGGGGCUUAAUGCCACAGCUUGGUCUCAGUCUGACACCUCCCAUGCUAGUUGUCCUCCUCUACCCUAUCCAGUGUUGCCUGCUUAUUCUUUGCCGGUUUUUCCUUCUCCCCAAAUUCCAGUGCCAAAUGAUAAUGUUAUUUCAAUGCCUAAUGUAACAUCAUCCAAUAUGCAGCCUUUCCCUGCCCCUUUACUUACACCUAUGGUUGCACUUAUGCUGCCUAACUACAUGUGUCCACCUAAUCUACCACCCAAUGUUUUCCCUGGGGCAGCACCUUCACAUCCUUUUCCAAUUCCUCCACCUUUUUAUACUCCUCAAGCAACAUUUCCAUCAUCAACUCCCACCUUCUCUGUUCCCCAACCUGUAUUUACUCCUGCACAGCAUGGCUUCCCUGUUCCUCAGCCAUCCUGUGUUCCUCAGUCAGUGCAGAGCACUUGCCCCGUGCAGCCAUUUUCAUAUCCAGCCCCUCCUAGUUCACAAAAGAUAAAGGAAGGAAUUUCACGAUCAUCCACCCCCCGGGAUCCUCCCUCUCCCCCUCUUUUCCAGUCCCGUUGCAGCUCACCCCUACAGCUCAAUUUGUUGCAGUUGGAAGAGUCGCAGAAGGCUGAUCGAUCAGAGGGUGGUGCUGGUGUCGGAGGUCCUGUAAACAGUGCAUUUAUACCUCAGCCCUGUGAAGACCCCAAUUUGCCUAUAGCACAGGCAGGAUUUCCCAUCAAUAAACACACUAGUGGUGCUGUAUCUACCGGCAGUGACCUAAUGGAUAUUCUUCUCCAAGAAGAUGCCUAUUCUGGGACAUGCUCGGGUUCAUCUGCAGUUUCAGAACCCCUAACCUCAGGAUCCAAUGGAAAUGGCACAUCUGGGAGUCAAGCAGGGAGCAGCCAGACAUGUCACAGCAGCAAGUAUUUUGCGAGUGUUGACUCCUCAGAGAACAAUCAGAAAGCAAGAGGGUCAACAUCUGGAAGCAGGGAGUCUGUUAUGAAGUACGUCCUGCAAGAUCCCAUGUGGCUUUUAAUGGCCAAUGCAGACGAAAAGGUUAUGAUGACCUACCAAAUCCCUCAACGGGAGACUGAUGUGGUUCUGAAAGAGGAUCGAAACAGACUGAAAUCUAUGCAGAAGCUUCAGCCUCGUUUUACAGAAGAACAGAAGAAGGAACUGGGAGAAAUGCAUCCAUGGAUACAAAGAGGGGGCCUUCCAUGUGCUGUAGAGGUUGCGGGCUGCAUUUUCUGUAAGGACAGAAAUUCUGAUUGUGAAGACUGUACAGACUCUCUCCAGGACCUAGAGCUCAGCCGGAUCAUGGAGUCAUGUGAUUAAAACCAUCAAUAAAAGAUGCAGGUUCCUCCCGAUAGGGUUCUCCUGCCGUCCAGUGAACUCCUCCAUGCAUAAAGUAACUAUAGAUCUGUCAGAAACACUUGUGUGCGGACAUUUUAUAUACCGUCUCAUCUCUGGGCAGCAGCACUUGGUCGUCUUGCAUUUCAGUAGCAGAACUAUCAGAAUCAACGGGAUUGGAGACCGGCUGGUGCCGAUGGCAUUUGGCCAAUGGUUUACCAAUGUACUGUACUAUGUUAUUUAUUUAUAGCUGGCCUAUGAAGGACUUUUUUAACAGAAUACCUAUGACUGUCGAACACUGGAUUAUCACUCUCCCAUAGGAGUAACUCUUAGGCUAAAGGAGUCGAUAUAGGGCUACAGGUAAUAAGCGGCACCCUGCAUUUUACACGUUGGAACUUUUUAUCUUUGUAUUUUCUCUACUUUAUACGAAAGCUAUUUUUCAGGUGUUUCAUAAAAUUUGUAUACAUUUUUUUUUUUUUUUCUAUCUUGGAGCGCUGGAUCUUAAGGCGGGUAUCUGAGGACCAUAGCAGAUUGUAGUUUCUUUUUUUCUGGCACGUACAUUCUGAACCCUUUCAGUGUCAUCUGCCCAAACUGUGUUGCUGCCUCGACCAUUACCGGCACUGGAUGUUAUGUAUAACAUUAAUGGCUCUUUUAUACCAAAAUGUCUGCACAAACUAAAACCAUGGCAGUGCCCAGUUAUGUGGACUCAAAGAGUGACUUAAAGAGCUUACUUCUUGCUUACAAUACCUGAUCCCGUACUUGUGCAUCUAUCAUGAGUCGCUUGGUAAGCUGUUGAGUUAAGAGCAGUGGACCAUUAGAUAAUGCAAAACUACAACUCCCAGCAUGCCCGGACAGCCGUUGGCUGUCCGGGCAUGCUGGGAGUUGUAGUUUUGCAACAUAUGGAGGUCCACAGUUUGGAGACCACUGGUUUAGACCAGCAAUCUGUUACUGGUAAGUGAUUGUCCUAUGGAGCCCCUCUCUAAACCCAAAGACUCUUUAUGUAUGUUCCAUGUAGUGUGUCACCUUCUGUGUCGAAUACACAAGGAGUCUUCCACUGCGUCAUCUUACAUCUGGUAGAAGCGUCACCCUACCACGUACUGGGGAGCUCACUGUGAACCUGCUUGAGGUUAAUCAUUAACAUUGACUGUUACCUGAAAGUGGUUGUGACCAAGUCCUACACUGUUCUCUUGUGACAUUCAGCAUGUGCCCCCGAUCAUGUCUUGUCCGUCCCAACUUUGGUAGGCACAAUGACAUUAAAU